CAAAAUGAUAUGUACACACACACUACCUUUUACACCAACCAACUCAUAACUAAGUUUAUCUAUAUGCAAUGGACUACUAUUUUGUAAACUCUCAUGCUACUACCAAUUUUGCUCAAUCUACUCAUCAUCAUCAUCAUAUGAUUCCUAAUUCCUCUUCUCAUGAGUUUAUGCAACAACUAUCUGAUUAUCUCAUGUUUGAUGAUAUUCACCAUGAUCAAGAAUCAAGAACACAAAGUAUUGAAUCAUUAGAAAAGGUAACAUCACAAAGUACUAAUGAAUCAUUAGAGAAGAUAACAUUCAGUGAUGCUAGUCAAGGAUUCAAUGAUGCAACCUCUAAGAGCAAUAACAUCCAAAAAAAAGGGAUUACGAGAGAAGUGGGGCCAAAGAUAGCUUUUAGAACAAAAUCAGAGAUUGAAAUUAUGGAUGAUGGAUACAAAUGGAGGAAGUAUGGAAAGAAGAUCGUGAAGAACAAUCUCAACCUAAGGAACUACUAUAAAUGUUCAAGUGUGGGAUGCAAAGUGAAGAAGAGAGUGGAAAGAGAUAGAGAUGAUUCAAGCUAUGUGAUAACAACUUAUGAAGGUGUGCACAACCAUGAGAGCCCAUUUUCCUCCUACUGUAGCCAAAUCUCCUUUCUGCAAUAUUCUGAUGCAUAAUUCUCUUCGUUCAUGUCUUGUUUUGAUCAAUUACUAAUUAAUUAAUUAAUGUAUGUUGAUAUAUAUAAAAAUGAGAAAUGAAAAUAUAUUAUUACCUUUCAU